CUGCAUUUGUCAAGAUCGAUGAUGGUCCUGUCUUACGCCGUGUCGGCGGUCAGGAAUAUGUUUUUACUGGAACAGUUCGAUAUACUAACUCAGACUCAAGAGGUAGGCAGAUAUAUUUUUUAUUUGGUGUAUAUACGGAUUUUGAUGAGAUUCGUGUGCGAGCUUCUAUUCGAAACGGGCCUUGGGAAUCCGUUACAUAUGAGCAUCCUCGCUAUCUUGUCGGUGAGCGCGUAUUUCGUCUUCAUAUCUUCCUGGAAAAGAAAAAUGAAAAAUGAAAUUAUUCUUUUCAAAGUUUGGGAGCUAUGCAUUAACCAUUUGUUCAACAUGUUAAGACAACCCCUUCAUAACAUUAAAAUUUUUAAGGAAAACAAACGAGGCAUUUUGAAACAAGAAAACGUUAAAAAGUCAGGGCAUUACAAGGUGAUGUUCGAAAGUAUUUUGGUUGUACACACUUACACUCCGUUUUCCUCAUCGAAUAAGCUGGUUCCAGACACGGAAACGCCAUCGGAGUCUAAUUCGCCGGGCAUUUGGAGGAAAAUAAUAGAUUUCUUAUGUCCAUUUUCCAAUAGCACAGCCAACAUGCCCGACAAAAACGAAGAGGAUAAGGGUGAGAUUCAAUACCUUGAUGAAACGUCUCCGGCCGUCGUCAAACUGGUGGAAGAGCAAACGAAUAUGUUUUUUAAAACUCUGAUCUAUUUUAUACCAGGGGUUUUCAUGAGUAAUGCUAUUGCGUUUUUAAUGCUUACUACCGUCAACCAGGCGGAAUUCUCUUCUAGAAAUCGAACGCAUUGGUGGGCGGAUAUGGACCUUCAAUGGUAUUCCGCGAUUUUUGAUAUCAUUCUUUUUCCAUUGAAUGAAUUUAUAGUCUAUCCUAUCUUGCGAAAACGUAACUUUUCCAAUCUUCACAUAUAUCUUACUGGGUACCUCGCGUUAACCCUCGUAGUUAUGUGUUCACUGGUCGUACAGAUACAGUUGGAAGAUGAACUGCAUUUUAUGCCGGAAGAGUACACGUCCAAUUUAAGGAUAUUCAACACGUUGCCCUAUUCCUGCACCAUCAAUAUCGCCGGCUUUAUAAAUGAUACCGAAGUAGAACCUUUCGAAUAUGCCCUUGAGACUGGAGUUCCUGUUGGGAAGUCUGCAAAACUUUGGGUAACAAUAACAGAAAAAAGGAACACCACUGAAUCGUCCAGGACAUAUCCGGUAUCCGUGAAAGCAAGAAAAUCCAUAUCUGUCAUUAUUACGAAAAACGGUUUAUUUCAGAACGGGGAUUACGAUCCAACACUAUUUCCGGCUGGGGAAAUAAAUAAUAGUGUUUCUUCUUUCUUCGUAAUUCACGGGUUAACGUCUCUCAAGGAAAGUCCUAGCUUGAACUUUAUCGAAACGAAGACACUGAAAAACACCGCCUUCCGUAUUGAAAGAGGAAUACAGCACGAGAUCAACGCGGGAACUUAUACUCUGGAAAUAAAAGAAGGCAACAAAACCUCCUCAGAGGUAAAUAACGUUGUUAUCAAUGGAGCUAUGCUUUACGUAGUUUUCAUCUACGACAACGAGUCUGAAGUUUUGACCGGAAACGUGUUCCUGUUGGAAGGACCUGUGACGCUCCAGUAUUAUUAUCUUAUUUUGCAGGUUUUCUUGUCGAAUGUCGCCCAGGUCUUGUCUUCGGUGGCUUAUUUCACUUUCAUGUUUGAACAAUCGCCGCCAAAACUUCGAGGGGGAAUUUUCACGAUUCUCUCUGUCAUCCAAUUGCUCGGCCUCUCCUUCUUAACCUACUAUACCAAGAUGAAGCACUUUUUCAGUUACUCUAAACUGAUUACGGUUUACGCCAGCAUUUUUGUUUUCAUUUACAUCUUAAAUGUGUACUUUAUUGUUUAACUGACUAAGCAUGUGUAAACAAAAUACAUCACAUGCCAUGCGUUUGAUUUAACUCUUCACCAGCUGCAUAAUGAAAACAAUAAAAAUCAACGAUUGUAUUUGUCCUUAUAAAUAUAUUUUUUAUUGAGUUCAUAAUUGUAAAAUGAUAGUUAACAACAC